AUGCUCAUCAGUGCCGAAGAACGGAUCGAACUCAGAGUCCGAGACGAAAGUGGAUCCUACAGAUCCAGGCGUCUCAACCCGGUAGUCUUCGUGGACGGGCCAUCGGGCGUCACCGCCACCGCCGCCGCCGCCGCCGCCACCGCCGCCAAACAUGGGCAUAUCGUCGUCGACAUUACGGGGGGUUUGGGAAUUGACUCGGAUCCAUUGUUGAAACCAAAUUUUUCUUGUGCAGUUGUGGACACCCCUCUUGUAUGUGCAGUCAAGUCUCUUUCAUUUGAAUGCCUGAAAUUGCUGCUUGAGGGUAAAGCAGACCCAAAUUUUUAUGUCGCUGGAUUAAGUCCUAUGCAAUAUGCUGCAAAAGAAGGAGACACAAAAUUUCUUGAGUAUUUGAUUAAAGCUAAAGGAGAUCCAAAUUCGUCUGACAAAGAUAUACAUAGACCGAUUGAGGAAGCUGCUUUGGUGCAUGAUCGUGCAGCUGUGGAGGUUUUGUUUCCAGUGACUGAACAGCUUGCACAUUAUCCGAAUUGGACUGUUGAUGGCAUAAUCGAGUACACUCAUUCUGAAGAAUAUAAAAAAAUGAGUCAGGAGAAAUUGACAAAGCGCUUAAGUGUAAUAGACUUCGGAGGGUUGCUUGAUGCGGGCAAUAAGAAUUACUACCGAGCAAUCUUUCAUUAUAGAAUGGCUUCUCAUCUUGAUCCAUCUAACGCCACAUGGGUAUCGACGCGAAGCAUGUGGGAAGCACGCACACAUAAAAGCAUUAAUGCUCUGUUAGAUGCUCAGCAAUGCUUUAGGCUCAAGCCACACUGCCCCGUCCCUUACGACAGAGGAGACAAUGCUGCUGCAGCGAAUGAGAUAUUCAAGAAAUUCCUCAAGGCAGGCCUAGCCUUCUCGUUGGAUCCUUAUGAAAGGAAAAAGUGUCACGCAUUUAGAAUUACUAUGUUCGAUUACUUUGCUUGGUUGAGUCAGAUGAGCAGCGCCGAAGAGAUUUUUAGCUGUGAUGAUGAUCAACACUGUAGAAUUUCCCCAUUUUUUGGAUCCAGUCCUUGCACUUUAAAUAUAUUCUGCUUCAUCGAUCGAGUUUCAUCUUCUUCUUUCAUGCGAAACGAAAAAGAAGUGCAAAAGAUGAAAAGCUUGUCGAAGCAGAACGAGAAUCUGGUCGACGAGGAGGAAUCUUCAGAUAAAAUCGAAGCAGAGGUUGAACAUGAAUGGCAUAGGUCGGAUUCAAGCAUGAACUCACCCGAACCAGGAGUAAGCUCAUACUCCCUCCAUCGCAAAAUUGAACAGAGGGUCGAAACUAAGGCGGUUAACAACAAGGAAAUGACAGCUCUUGAUGUUUUUUAUGAAAAAAGGAAACAUAAACUAUCUUUUGCAAAGCAUUUGACUUUGGCUGCUCUACAUGCUGCAUCUGUUCCUCAAAAUUCAGAUUCAGAUAGAAAGGUGAAUGUCAACUUGAAUGUCUUUAAGGAAAGAGUAAACACUUUCCUGGUUAUGGCAACUCUGGUCGCCACAGUAACUUUUGCAGCUGGUUUCACCAUGCCCGGUGGCUACAUUAGCUCUGAAACUAGCAAUGAAUUGGGCAUGGCAGCGAUGUGGAAAGACACGGUAUUCCACGUUUUUGUUUUCUGCGACACUAUAGCCAUGUAUACUUCAAUCCUUGCUGUCACAACUCUCAUAUGGGCCCAGUUAGGUGAUAUUACCUUAGUUUUCUCUGCCCUCUACAUUGCGGUACCGUUGCUUGGUGUUGCUCUGAUCAUGAUGUCUAUGGCUUUCACAGCUGGAGUUACCAUAGUUCUUAGCAAACUCAGAUGGCUCCAAAUCACUGUGCUUGCCAUGAGUACAUCUUUCAUUGCCCUAUUGCUUCUCCUCCUGAUUCUUUUGUGCGCACCACUCGGUGCAAGGAGUCGGAUACUACGGUAUCUUUCUUACUACCCAUUUUGCUUGCUCGUAUUAGUUACUAGCACAAAGCCGAAUCACUGAAGGCUGAGGCACCACCUAUUCCACAUUGUGGCUCUAUAUCAUAUCUAGUUAUUUAUGUUUGGUAUGUACUUUUAAGGCUGAGGCACCACCUAUUCCA